GCCACGAACCAAAGUCGACGUGGCAGCUGCGACCCGCUGGUCACCGCUUUGUGAAUUUGAAUUUGGGAACAGAGGGAAAAAGCGGACAUACGACUGCAGGGAUAAGCAACUUUGCUCCUCGGUUUUUAGGACGUGAGUUCAAGUCGAUAACCGCCAUAGCUUUUUCCCGGCCGAAUACAGUCAAUGACCAAGCCGGAGUUCGCAUCCAGUAACGACGAGAAACUUCCUCCAAAGAGGGAAUGUCGGGAUAACGCAGGGUCUCUUAAGUCUGAAACGCCAACGGACGCCUCCAUCCGACCAGUCGUUGACGCCCUACGACAGCAGCUUGAAGAUCUGGGGCUCAGCACUCGCGGUCGGCGGCAGGAACUGCAGAAGCGACUGAGAGCUGCCAGGAAGAAGGCGCAGGCCGGAGACACGGCGGGUGUUGUCGACCCCCCAAUAGUACAAAAACUGAGUGCAGCGAGCGAAAACGAGCAGAGCAUACCGGCGACGACGACGGACCCGGACAGGCCGGAGGGAAGCCAGCCAUAUGAUUUUUACUGCGUUCUCGACGUUGAAGCCACGUGCGACAAAGAUACCCUUUUUGAGUUUCCGAACGAGAUCAUUGAGUUUCCGGUCAUCCUUAUCGACGGAAGAACGAUGGAAGCGAUCGCCACGUUCCACCGAUAUGUGAGACCGGUCGUCAAUCCCUUACUUAGCGACUUUUGCAUAGAGUUGACUGGCAUCACGCAAGACGUCGUGGACGGAGCGAAAUCCUUUCCUGAGAUGAUGUGCGAAUUCGAAGAGUGGUUAGGAACGUACACCACCUACCCGUUCGACAACGUGAUGUUCGUUUGCGACGGGCCCUGGGAUAUCCGCGACUUUAUACGCAAGCAGUGCGAGCAUUCCGUUGUUUCACGGCCGCCAUAUCUCUGCAAAUUCGUGGACCUGCGGAGACUUUACAUCGAGCAUUACCACCGCGAGAGGGCGAAUCUGGCCGGGAUGCUUGCCGGCUUGGGCAUGCAGUUUGAGGGUCGCGAGCAUUCGGGGUUGGAUGAUGCGAAGAACAUUGCGAGGAUCGUUGUCAAGAUGAUGAAAGAGGAUGGAUGUAUUUUCAAGCCGAACAAGCAAGUCAAGCUGAGCAAAAGGCGGGUGUCGAGGAAUGGCAAGGUGCUUUACACCACUGGAGACAAUAACUCGUCUCAUUGGACGAAAGGGGAUGUCAUCACCUUCUGAAAUGACCCCAAUCGAAAUGAUGGAACCCGGGGUGCUGGACGCUGCAGGAUGACACCGAGAUACCAGACCACGACCAUCAUACUUCUAUCCUUUGCCCCCAGCCGAUCCAAUAGAAGUAGACAGCAUUAUUUAUGUACAGAUUGUAUAACAGAAAGAUAUACCCCUCGAAUCCAAAUUUGACAAACAUGCACCCCG